AAAUUGAAUGUGAAUAUCCCUACUGAGGGUCGUCUCAUGGGUUACGUAAUGGCAAAAUCAGAAGGAAUCCAGACAGACUGGCACGGCCAUGUGACCGCAGUUACGGUAGCCCCUGAGUACCGACGUCUGGGGCUGGCAAGCGAAUUGAUGCGAGGUGUAGAGGAGACUUCAGAACGGUGA